AUAUAAUUAUGGAAGAUAAGGAGAAGAGUAGAAAGCCAAUGACAUUAAGUUAAAGAAUAAAAAUGGAGUUAUCUUAAUAAUAGGAAGAAUAGAAACCAGUAGACGGCCCUUAAUUAAUAAAACAUAAACCUUCUAGUUAUGAUGAAGAGACAGGAUAAAUGUAUUCUUUCUAUGCUAGUGCGGUAAAUUAAACUAAAUAAUUUCUUUCAAAUAUUUUCGGUGGAACAUAUAUACCAUAAUAUGAAUUUAGUUUUAAACAUAAAUAAAAUGUAAUAAAAUAUGUAUUUGAAAAAAAUAAUGUUAUUGCUGAAUAUGUUAGUAAAGAAAUGAGAAAGAGUAAUAAAGAGAUGGAUUUAAAUGAAUUACUCUAAUUAUAAAAUCGAAUGAUGUUAGUUGCUUAAUUAGCAGAUUGUAGAAAUAGAAUAGGAAUUAAUGCUUAUUGUUGGGGUGCUUUAAUGGGAAGUCUCUUUAUGUUAUUGCCUAUUUCAAUAUGGAAAAAAGGUGCAUUAUCAAUGAGUGUAUUUCAUUUAUUUGGAAGUUAUGUAAGUUAAUCAAAUAUAGACAGAGUAUUUGAUAAAGUUUAUUAAUUCUAUGUUUAUGAUUUAGAAUAAUAUAAGAAGGAAAGAGAGAAUAUUACUGUUGGAUAAAUUAAGUAAACCAAAAUUGAUAGAGAUUAAGAAGAUGUAAUAUAUUGAUAUAAAUUUAUAUAGAAAAGAUUAAGAAAAUACUUACGAGAAAUUAGUAAAUAAUAAUGA